GUGUAUUAGAACCCCGAUCUCCUGUGCUAGGCUAUACAGACCUUACACCAGGGCUAGGCAACUGGCAGCCCGUGGGCCAAAUGCGGCCCGCCAAUCAUCUUUUCCUGGCCCGCCUUAACAUUUCAAAUAAGUGGAGAGACUUUAAGAACGGUGUGCUUUAAAUGCACAUCCUCCUGAGACGCCACAUCUUUAAAAGUCCAAAACGCUGCUACAUUCAAAACGAAAGUAAUUCCCAAGGCUCAUAAUGUUUUACGUCUUAUAAAGCGAAUUGAUCGGUCAGUCCAAGAAACUUAAUGUUAUUUACAACGUUAUAAUCAGAAAUGCAUUGCACAGCCACAGGCAAUCGGUUUGCGCACGCGAUAGGUGGCGCUCUAAAAUGUGUUUUGUGCCCUUGAAAGUAGGCUAACUGUAGGAAGGGUACACCACGUGAACGGUUGUCUCAGAUAAGGGGGAAACGCUGUUGUUUUUAUUACUGCAUUCAUUAUGUAUAACGGCUAUAUUUACAAAAAACAGCUGUUCAUCUCCCCCCAGAACUCGCACUAUACAAAGGAUCUGCCCUAUAAGUGCGCGGGGCACAUGAAUGCGAUCGGAAUUCACCCGAAGAUGUGAUAAUAGCAUUCAGUUUCUUGCACAGAUCAAUUGACUCGCUUUAUAAGACGCUAAUUUAACGUCACAAGGGGCAGGGAUUACUUUUGUGUUGAAUGUAUUUGCGUAUUUUACUUUUAUUGAUUGAACUUUAAUUAAUUCAACCAAAUAUCUUCAGAAAUAUCUUCUUGAAAAAACAAUGCCACCCACAUCUCGAUGUACUGGAGGACUGUGGGUCAGUAAAUUAGUAGCAAUUUUUGGGUAAAGUAACGCAUUAAGGAAUAUAAAAUACAAUUGAAAAGACAAUAUCCCUUUUAAUUGAAUAUCAUGAUAAGGCACAAAUACUGGAUGCAAUAUUUGUGUGCAUGUUUUAAUCAUGGCCUAUAAGUAACAGCAACAAAAACAGUAUAAAAGGAACAAAACGCAAUAAAUAACAGAAGAAAUGAGAAUAUGGUAAAAAACUGGCCCGCAUCCUAUUUAUACUUUUGGAAUCUGGCCCUCAAAGAAAAGUAGUUGAAGACCCCUGCCUUACACCAUACGCCACUGGGCAGCCUAUCGGUUGAAUGUGUUAAUAGACACUGGUUUAAAAAAAUGCUAAUUUGGAGACUUUGACGUCACGUCAGGUCGUCACGUGGGUCACCCGCACUGUUAGACGCUCAAAGCUCAAGACGUUAGGUCAGACGUUCGAUUAGACGGUCGGUCGGUCGGUCGGUCGAUCGGACGUUAGGUUUUGGCACGGAGUACCCGUCAUACGCCUUCUAGGCUUCGGAUUGGCACAUUCCAAACGUUAUAGAGUCACUGCCUUUAAAAGUCACUCAAGGACGAGAUAAAACAUGUUCUCCUGCCCAUUGGAACGCUGAGCCUAGUCCGAAACGUCUCGUUGGACAUUAUCUCGUGUUGUGUAUCGCAAUAUUUCAUUUCAUAGGUUUUCGAUCCGUAGGCAGUUUGGCACAUCCACACCUCGGGAGAUAAACAGCGGUAAAAUACUGGUCUUGAAACCAUCAUGUUGCUGCGUAAAGUUAGUCAAAGUCCUGCGAUCUGCGGCACAGUCCUUCAUUUACAGCCAGCUAUUGCAGGGGCGCAGCGUCAAACUGGAGCUCUGGUAGUGCAGAAUGCGCGUUUGUACGCAAGCCAAGCAGCUGAGCAGCCAGAGGUGAGUAAGACGGGUCAGGUGUGCCGCCUGGGCACAGAUCGGUAUGUCUUCCUGGUAUCUCCACUCAUGAAACUGCUGUGCCGCGUUGACCGGGGAGACGCCAACUCGGGCGAGGAUUUCCCAUUUAAGAGUGUCGUAGUUGAGCUUCCCUGGUCAGAAACGGGGUUAGAAUCCAUACCCACUCAGUUCUAUCCCAGGAUUCCGGGGCGGCGAUUACCUCAAAGGGCGCAGCGUCAAACUGGAGCUCUGGUAGUGCAGAAUGCGCGUUUGUACGCAAGCCAAGCAUCUGAGCGUGAGCUGUCGCUGAGCUUCUGUGAUGGGUCGAGAGCUCAGCCAGUGGCGAUGACUUCUUCCAUCUCUCCGUUUCAGCCUGGGAACGAGCUGCAGGUGCUGACUAACGGCAGGUGUGUCACGCUGAUUUCCCCCAUAUCCAUGGUGAUGCUCAUCUGGCAAUGGGCGACUCAUCACAUGCUAAAUGAAGAGCAGGCUCAAUUCCUCAAAGAGCUUGUUGGACCAUGCAAUAAAUUUUUUGAGGAAGUGAAUGACCCCAUGAAGAAUGAUACUCUAGAGAAAGUUGAGGACCACACCAUGGAAGGCCUGAAGGAGAUGGGAGCUUUUGGUUUGCAAGUGCCAGCAGAACUGGGUGGUGUGGGACUCACCAACACACAGUAUGCCAGGCUGGUAGAGAUUGUGGGGAUGCACGAUCUAGGUGUGGGCAUCACUUUGGGUGCCCAUCAGUCCAUUGGUUUCAAGGGCAUUUUGUUGUUUGGUAACCCCCAGCAAAAAGAGAAGUACCUUCCAAAGUUGGCCACAGGAGAGAAUAUUGCUGCCUUCUGUCUCACUGAACCAGCGAGUGGAUCAGAUGCGGCCUCCAUUAAAACCACUGCAGUCCACUCCCCCUGUGGCCAAUACUUCACCCUUAAUGGAAGCAAGAUCUGGAUCAGUAAUGGAGGCCUUGCUGAGAUCUUCACUGUGUUCGCAAAAACUCCUGUGAAGGAUGAGAAGACCGGGGAGAUGAAGGACAAAAUCACUGCGUUCAUUGUGGAGAGGAGCUUUGGAGGAGUCACACAUGGUCCUCCUGAGAAAAAAAUGGGCAUUAAAGCAUCAAACACAGCAGAGGUAUAUUUUGAGAACGUGCGUGUCCCUGCGGACUGUGUGCUGGGAGAGGUUGGAGGGGGAUUCAAAGUGGCCAUGAACAUCCUCAACAAUGGGCGUUUCGGUAUGGCUGCGGCCCUCUCCGGAACCAUGAAAGGCGUUAUUGCCAAAGCGGUCAACCAUGCGGCUAACAGGACCCAGUUUGGGAACAAGAUCCACAACUAUGGUGCCAUUCAAGAAAAGAUAGCCAGAAUGGCUAUGCUUCUGUAUGUGACAGAGUCGAUGGCUUACAUGGUAAGUGGAAACAUGGACAGCGGAGCAACGGAGUUCCAGAUUGAGGCGGCCAUUAGUAAAAUUUUUGCCUCAGAGGCAGCUUGGAUGGCGACAGAUGAAUGCAUUCAGAUUAUGGGUGGAAUGGGUUUCAUGAAGGAUGCUUGUGUGGAGAGGAUCAUGCGGGAUUUAAGAAUCUUCCGAAUUUUUGAGGGAACCAAUGACAUCCUGCGGCUUUUCGUAGCGCUUAACGGCUUCCAGAAUGCAGGCAAUCAGCUGAAGAGCUUGCAGAAAGUGAAGAACCCUCUUGGUAAUGCUGCAAUGUUGGCGGGUGAAAUGACCAAGCGUGCUAGGAGGAAGACAGUCAUGGGGACAGGGUUGACUCUGCAGGGAAAAGUUAAUCCAGAGCUUAAUCACAGUGGAGAAUUGACUGUUAAAGCCAUUGAGCAGUUUGGAGCUGUUAUUGAAGAACUUCUUCUCAAACCUGGAAAGAGAAUUAUUGAUGAACAGUUUGUUCUGAAGCGAGUUGCAGACUGUGCCAUUGAUCUGUACGCCAUGGUUGUGGUUUUGUCCAGAGCAUCCAGGUCUCUCAGCCUAGGUCACCCUUCUGCUCAGCAUGAGAAGUUGCUGUGCGAAACCUGGUGUACCGAGGCCCAUCAGAGAGUCAUGGAGGACGUCAAGUUCCUCAGGUCAGAAACAUCCAAGCAGAUCUUUAAGAACCUACGAGCUGUUUCUGUUGCUGUGGUGGAAAAUGGAGGAGUGGUGUCUCCUCAUCCUUUGGGCUUUUAAAGAUCUGUCUGC